AUGCGCAUGCACCGAGCGCCUGCCGCGGACCCUGUCACCCGCCUGCAGCAGCUCCUCACGAACUUCUCUCGCCAUCUCUACGACGUCGUCCAGCAAGUUCCGGAACUCGCUCCGCCGCUUCCUCUCUCGCCCACAGAUUCUUCUUCUUCCUCUGCGUCUUCCUCUUCUGCUUCGCCUGCGUCCGGCGAGGCCGAGAAGCGGUCACAGGUGGAGUCUUUUCUUCUCCGUUCUGCGAAUAACGUUGCCGCGAUCAUGCACGCUAUCGAGACGGAGAUAGGGAAUUUGCCUUCCUCACUGCGAACGAGGGAGGAGACCCAGCGGCGCAUCGCUUUUCUGGAAAAAGAGAACGACCGGGCGGCGAAAGAGCUGCAGGCCGUCGCAGCAGAAGCAACGCGAGUCCGCGAAGCUCUCCGUCAACUUCUUCGUCACUCGAUAACUGAAGACACCAACAUCGUCGUUGACUUGUAAUCCAUGAGAUUCCCCUUCUCUCUUUCUGACAGGACUUCUUGGUCUUUCUUGGUUUCCUCUCAUUUCUCCCCUAUUUCUCCUUUCUGCCGUCUUUCUGUCGUUCGCUGUUUUCUCUUCCUCUCGUUUUCCUGUUUCUCCUUCUCUCGUGUGGGCUUCUGCCUCGUUUUCUCUCGCGCUCUCCGCGAGCUUUGAGGCAACCGUGUCUGUUCCGACGGCAACGCCCGGCUUUCCUCGUUUUUCCUUAUGUUCCCUAUUUUCUUGUCUCUUUUCGUUCUCUGCUACAUCUCGGUCUUCGAGUUUGCAUCUUUACCGUUGUGACAGAGUUGUCGCGUCUUCAAGAAGAAGACAGUUCGUUUUUCCUCUUUCCUUACGCUUCGUUUCUUUCUUUCUCUUCUCCCUUCUUUCCUUCUUUCUUCACCUCUCUGCUUCCGCCGACCGUGCGUCGAAAUAAGUUUCGAAUUUCAAAUAUGAAGUCGUUUUGCUUCGCUCUCGUUCUUCUCUGGACAGGCUGUUCCACCUCUCCC